AUGCCGUAUCCUUCGGGUGUCUACGAGCCAGCGCUGGUCCUGCCCCUCAGCAAACCAGAGGACCACAUUUUUUCCAUCUGCAAGAGUCUGCUGCAGAUCCCACAACAGUACUGGGUGAAAAUCAAAGAUGGUUUCAUUGACUCUACGACCUUGGCAUACAUAUCCGAAUUUAUCAUGGAUUUGAUUCAACAUGUGUCUCAGUCCAUCCUCACAAUCAUCCUGCCUCAGCUCUACAAACGCAUGACAUCCAGAGGCUUAACCCCCUGCUGCGUGAUGCUUACUGAAGACCAGGUUGCUAACUACAUGGGCGACUCGGUUCGACGAGCUCUGGCCAUGUCCUUCCACGAACAGACUGUGGGAUUCACUGAAAAUUUCAAGAAUUUUCUCAUCAGUAACAUUACAUCAACGGUUAACGACGUCCUGGUUUUGGGCAUUCAGACUACAGUCCGCCAAGAUGUCCUCCCUGUGUUCUUUGUCGCUGGGUCAGCCUGCUCCGUGUUUGACCUCAGCCAGUUUGCCCAAGAGGGAUUUGAGAUCCUCAAGUCUGGAAGUGGACUCAUUCCUCACUGUUUGUACUUGAAGACGGAAGAGAUGAUCAACCGGGCAGUGAAGCAAGUUCUGCAAUGGGUGUGGUGGUGCGAUGGCAAUCCACCUAAUUGUGAUCCUUUAAACCAGAUCCCUGAAUCUCCAGAGUUUGACAUGGUCCUGGGGGGAGGAGACCAGCACCUAUCUUCAGAUGAGGAAGAGGAUGAAGUACGUGGUGAUGAAGAGGAGGUAGAGCAACAACAACCGCAGCAGCCGCCAACACCACCACCACCAACUCGAAGACAACCAAUGGGGUCAAUUCUUUUGAACCAUCUCACCAAAUCUUCCUUCUUGGCUCUCAUAGUGGGAGAGGUUCUCACGCUCAUAGGGAUAAGAGACUGGGGGAAAAUACAGCUGAUGCUGAGAAACUUAAUUACGGGGGUGAAUAUCCCUGACCUGAUACAAGAACCAUUCGAUGCUGUGGUCGGUGGGAGGAGUUUCAGAGACAUUUGUCAAGGAGCUAUCAGGGACCUGCUGGACGUGUACGGCUCAGUCUUUGCACUGCAUCAAGCCGUCAAUGAACACGAGCCUUCGUUCGAGCUGAAUCUUAUGGAAGUGAUACAGAAUCGACUCAGUUUGCCGCCCAUUAACAUUGAGGCCUCUGAAAUUCAAUCACCUGCAGUUAAUGAAUCUGCAGUGUGUAAACCUCAGUCCAGACAAGAAAACACAGAACCAGAGUGCCAGGACCAACCCAGACCAGAGCUUAUACAACCAGAAUGCCAGGACCAACCCAGACCAGAGUUUAGACAACCAUUGGGACCGGCCUGCACAAGCAUCGGUACCCACAGCCUCAGUACCAGGUCUCGCAGAGGUCUUUGUCCGGGGCAGUUGGUGGAGGAGAUUUGCGUUGAGCCUAAGGAGAGUGUGCUGCCACACCUCAUCAUCCUCUCCAUGACCGUCUACGUCUGGACACAACCGACGUACCGACUUUAG